UCUUCGUUAAAUUGUGGCCCUCCACCUGUCCCAAGCAUCUUAAUUACAGCCCCCUCAAGAGAGGACCUGCUGGCUGGCCCCCCUGCCAAAACUAUUGAAGAGGCUGGACGUGAAGCAAGGGAAGCAAUCCCUAGAAGAUCACCUGUAGUUGUUGGACGUGGACCUAUUACCGCCCGUUCUUAAUGUUUAGCCUACAUCUAAAAUAUGGAGAUUUCACACAGCGUUAAAGAACAGUCCAGUUAUCCGAUGGAGACAACGACAGAUGCGCACCAGGAGCCGAUCAAAUUGAAAUCUCUCAAAAAUGGCAAGACAUUUACAGUUCCACAAAAAGACAGGCUGGGGAACUGCAGAAGUGUCAAGGAGUUUGAGAAGUUUAAUCGGAUAGGUGAAGGAACAUAUGGAAUUGUGUAUAGAGCUCGUGACACAAAGACAGAUGAGAUUGUGGCUCUUAAGAAAGUACGGAUGGACAAGGAGAAAGAUGGUAUACCAAUCAGCAGUUUAAGGGAGAUUACCCUGCUCCUCGAAUUGAGGCAUCCUAAUAUAGUGGAACUUAAGGAGGUUGUGGUAGGCAACCAUUUAGAAAGCCUCUUUCUGGUCAUGGGCUACUGUGAGCAGGACCUGGCAAGCCUGCUAGAGAACAUGCAGUCUCCUUUUUCAGAGGCACAGGUGAAGUGCAUUGUUCUUCAGUUGCUUAAGGGACUGGCUUAUCUUCACCAUAAUUUCAUUCUCCACAGGGAUCUUAAAGUCUCCAAUCUACUCAUGACUGACAAAGGCUGUGUUAAAAUAGCUGACUUUGGUUUGGCACGGGUCUAUGGUGUUCCCCUCCAGCCUAUGACGCCUCGUGUGGUGACGCUGUGGUACAGAGCUCCAGAGCUUCUACUUGGGUCCAAGACUCAGACCACAGCCCUGGACAUGUGGGCGGUGGGCUGCAUCCUGGCAGAGCUUCUGGCCCAUAAGCCCCUGUUGCCGGGUGGCUCAGAGAUUCAGCAGGUGGACAUGAUUGUGCAGCUCCUGGGGACGCCCAACGAAAACAUAUGGCCGGGUUUUUCCCGGCUGCCUCUUGUGGGUCAGUACAGUCUGAGGAAGCAGCCGUACAACAACCUGAAGAAUAAAUUCACCUGGCUCUCGGAGGCUGGCUUGCGUCUGCUCAACCUGCUUUUCAUGUACAACCCUCAGCGCAGGGCCUCUGCUAGAGACAGCUUAGAGAGCUCCUACUUUAAAGAAAAGCCUUUGCCAUGCGAACCGGAGCUCAUGCCAACCUUUCCGCAUCAUCGCAACAAAAGGCACGGCCCAGCCGCCGAGGGCCAGUCAAAACGCAGCAAAGUAUGACCUCAUUCAUCCCCCUCUGCUGUCAAAUAAAUAGACUGGGGGUGCGGAGAAUUACAUGACAAAACAAGGACAGUUUACUGUAUGAAUUACUGUAUGUAUGAUAACAAUACUGAGGUGUGUCUCAGUGUACAAGAACAGAACUAGCUGCUAGCUGCUAUCUGCUUGUGAAAACUAUUGGCAUGAAUACUUUUUCAGCCAUACUACUGCUAAUUUGUACAUAGCUGCAGUGCGAAUAUGUGUGCAGAACCCAUCAGUACAUGUCCACUUACAUUACACCAUUCAUGUCAAGGAAGUCGAAGUUUGUAGAUCUAGUCCGUCUGAUGUGUGAGCAGUGUGCAUCCGUCUGGUCUGGCAAGUUUUUAAAUAACUUUGGAAACGUCAAAAGGGUCACUGGAUAGUAAGGGACCAUUGACUGACUGUGCCUUUCUGGCCUUGGAGGGUCUUUAGGAGUAUGUGUGGACAGCAGAUCAUUGCUAACAAACAAUCUCAUUAGCUAACAGAAUUUCUCUCCAGUUUGCUUUCCCUCGAUCCAGAUGUCCAGUAUGUCUGGAUGCAUGCAUUCGCUAGCCUGCUUUAUCGUAAUUCAUGUUUACAAUGUAAGAUGACUGGACAGAUUUAUGUGUAUAAGGACAUCAUAUUUUGUAUACUGGAUUACGUCUUGAUGGCCUCAAACAUUUGAUCCUCUUUGGGAGGAGGGGCUAUUUUUCAUGAAUUAAAGAGCCUUAUUGAA